UCUUGUUGCUGUCGCGGCCCAAGGCGCUUUCAAAGGUUUGACGCCAUUGUUGCCAAACUGAAGGCGAUCCCGGAGGUCGCUCUGCAUGUGCAAAGCGAAGUCCCUGAGGCUGAGCCGAUUGGAAGCCUCUUAUGGCGGCUCAGUGAUCUUCAGGCCCAGCUUCAGGAUGUGAGUCCAGAGCCUACCAGUCGCUCGCCGUCGCCCACUGCGAAUCGCCUAGUGCACGCAGAAGCUCUGCCGCCCUUUGCGCUGCGGAAGGAGCAGAGGGAAGUGCCAGAGAGCGAGCCCAUGAAUCUGCGGCCCCCCCUCGCUGCUUCUACCAGCCCCAGUAUGAAACGCUCUUCCCUCAGCACACCAGCCGGGGGCCUUAAAGAACACGAAGGAAUUCAAAGCUCCAAUGAAGGUGCGCAAAAGAAAGCCCCUGAAGAGGUGGCUUCCUCAGUUGCUUUUGCAGCAGCUGCUGAGCAAAAAAAACCGGUUGAAGCAGCAGUUGGCAAGGAAACUGCUCCUCCUGGGCCUGAGCAAAAGAGGCCGCACGAACAGCAGCCUCAGCCAGGGCCUCCCCAGCCAGGAAUUGAAAGUCAAGGAGGUGCCAAGGACGCCAAAGCUGGAGGUGCAGAAAACAAAGCCUCCAAGGAAGUGGCUUCCCCGGUUGGUUUUGCAGCAACUGCUGAGCAAGAGAAGCCAGUUGAACCAGCAGUUGCAGCCGCGCCUGAGCAAAAGGGGCAGCAGCAACAGCAGCUUCAUGCAGAUCAUCGUGAGGAAGGAGUUGAAAUUCAAGCAGCAGAGACAAAGGACCCCAAAGAUGCCAAAGAUGUCAAAGGAGGUUCGGAAAACAAAGCCACCGAAGAGGUGGCUUCCCCAGCUGCUGGUGUAGCGAUUGCUGAUCAAAAGAAACCAGUUGAACCAGCAGUUGGCAAGGAAGCUGCUCCUCCUUCACCUGAGCAAAAGAGGCAGCAACAGCAGCCUCAGCCAGGGGCCCAGGGUGCCAAGGACGCCAAAGCUGGAGGUGCAGAAAACAAAGCCCCCCAGCAAGUGCCUCCCCCAUCUGCUGUUGAAGAAAUUCAUAAGCAAAAGGCACAGGUUGAACCAGCAGUUCCAGCCGUGCCUGAGCACAAAGGACAGCAGCAACAGCAGCCCCAGGCAGAGCGAAUUGAAAUUCAAGCAAAUAUCAAGGAUGUCAAAGAUGUCACAGCCGGAGGUGCAGAAAGCAAAGCCACCAAAGAGGUGGCUUCGCCAGCUGCUUUUGAAACAACUGCCGAAGCACCAGUUGGACCAGUAGUUGCCAAGGAACCUGCUCCAGCCGCGCUUGAGCAAAAGGGGCAGCAGCAACAGCGGCCUCAGGCAGAUCGUCCUGAGGAAGGAGUUGAAAGUCAAGCACAGACCAAGGAUCCCAAGGAUGCCAAAGAUGUCGCCCCCAAAGAGGCGGCUUCCUCAGUUGCUUUUGCAGCAGCUUCUGAGCAAAAGAAACCAGUUGAUCCAGCAGUUGGCAAGGAAGCUGCUCUUCCCGCGCCUGAGCAAAAGAGGCAGCACGAACAGCAGCCUCAGCCAGAGCCUCCCCGGCCAGGAAUUGAAAGUCAAGGAGGUCCGGAGGGUGACAAGGACGCCAAAGCCGGAGGUGCAGAAAACAAGGCCCAAAAGGAAGUGGCUCCCCCAUCUGCUGUUGAAGAAAUUCAUAAGCAACAGGCACAAGUUGAACCAGCAGUUGGCAAGGAACUUGCUCCAGCAGUUGGACAGGAACCAACUCCAUCCGCACCCGAGCAAGAGGGGCAACAGCAACAGCAGCUUGGGGCAGAUGUCAAAGAUGGGAAAGUCCGAGGUGAGGAAGAUAAAAUUCCUGAACACAAGGCUUCGCUGGCUGCUGAGGCACCCAAGCAAGAGGUGCUCCUGGAACGAGCUGACAAAGAUGCUGCUCAGCCCUCACCUGAGCAGCUGGAAAGCUCUCAGCCUCUGCAGGCUUCGGAGAGUGGCCCAGUUAUGUCAUCAGCAGUUCUAAAUGUCAGACAGGCCAGACGGCUUCGUAAGGCUGGCCAGCCGAGACCUGUGACGCCACGAUAGGGCCGCAAUGAUGCAAACAAGCAGGCACGCGCCGAAUGGCAGCACGCUGGUCAAGCUGUUAGUGAAGCCGGAACUGUUGAAAUUCCUGAGGUUCAAGGCAGACGUGCUCCAUGCUGGACAGGGUGAAGACUUUACAGUUUCGAAAUGGAUGUGAUCCCGCUCCGUGGUGCCAAGCAAUGCUCCGUUCCAGGCGGUUGGCCUUUACAUGCCCACGUGACCACGUGACACCGCUUGAAAGGAAACCAACGAGCUAGCGGUUGUUGAGUCUCGAAUUGCUUACCGAGAUCACUGCACCGCCCAAAA